GUGGCGCUUGGCGUUUGGCAUGCGCAUAAUAACACCAAGGAAGAAGAAGCACCAGCGUUUAACCGACAGCAUUAAAUUGUAAACAUUAGCAACCAGGGUGACUUCUCUGUGUCGUUGGGAUGGAAAUAUAAGGUCAAUUUCAAGGUGUGAAACCGGAUAUUGUUUUUCAGUGCAUGGACGCAAAACCAAUGCGCAGGGCCACCAGCGCACGCCAAGACGCCACUGGAAUGGACAUCACCAGCCGCUGUACUCUGGGGGACCCCAACAAGCUCCCUGAAGGGGUCCCCCAGCCUGCACGCAUGCCGUAUGUCUCGGACAAACACCCACGACAGACCCUGGAGGUGAUCAACCUGUUGCGAAAACACCGUGAGCUUUGUGACGUGGUGCUGGUGGUGGGUGCCAAGAAGAUUUAUGCUCACCGUGUGAUCCUGUCCGCCUGCAGCCCCUACUUCAGGGCGAUGUUCACUGGAGAGCUGGCAGAGAGCAGGCAGACUGAAGUGGUUAUCCGUGACAUCGAUGAGAGAGCCAUGGAGCUGCUCAUUGACUUUGCCUACACCUCACAGGUGACUGUAGAGGAGGGAAAUGUCCAGACGCUGCUUCCCGCAGCCUGUCUUCUCCAGCUGGCUGAGAUUCAGGAGGCCUGCUGCGAGUUCCUCAAGAGGCAGCUCGAUCCCUCCAACUGUCUGGGCAUCAGGGCCUUCGCAGACACACACUCCUGCCGCGAGCUGCUCCGCAUUGCGGACAAGUUCACCCAGCACAAUUUUCAGGAGGUAAUGGAAAGUGAAGAGUUCAUGCUGCUACCUGCCAACCAGUUGAUUGACAUCAUUUCCAGCGAUGAGCUCAAUGUUCGAAGCGAGGAGCAGGUUUUCAACGCUGUGAUGGCCUGGGUGAAAUACAGCAUCCAGGAACGCAGACCACAGCUACCGCAGGUCCUGCAGCAUGUGCGUCUACCACUGCUAAGCCCCAAGUUCCUAGUGGGCACCGUUGGGUCAGACCCUCUCAUUAAAAGUGACGAAGAGUGCAGAGACCUGGUUGAUGAGGCUAAGAAUUACCUGCUGCUACCACAGGAGAGGCCGCUGAUGCAGGGCCCCAGAACCCGGCCAAGGAAACCCAUCCGCUGUGGAGAGGUGCUCUUUGCAGUUGGCGGUUGGUGCAGCGGUGACGCUAUUUCCAGCGUGGAGCGUUACGAUCCCCAGACCAACGAGUGGCGAAUGGUGGCAUCAAUGAGUAAACGGCGAUGUGGAGUCGGUGUCAGUGUUUUGGAUGACUUGUUGUAUGCGGUGGGAGGUCAUGAUGGCUCGUCGUACCUCAACUCUGUGGAGAGAUAUGAUCCAAAGACAAAUCAGUGGAGCAGCGAUGUGGCCCCCACGAGCACUUGUCGUACCAGUGUGGGAGUGGCUGUCCUCGGUGGUUAUCUGUAUGCUGUAGGGGGACAGGACGGCGUUUCCUGUCUCAACAUUGUAGAAAGGUAUGAUCCUAAGGAGAACAAAUGGACUCGUGUGGCCUCCAUGAGCACCAGGCGACUGGGUGUAGCUGUGGCUGUGCUGGGGGGGUUCCUGUACGCUGUAGGAGGGUCUGAUGGAACAUCACCACUAAAUACGGUGGAACGCUACAACCCUCAAGAGAACCGCUGGCACACCGUGUCUCCCAUGGGAACCAGGAGGAAGCACCUUGGCUGUGCCGUCUACCAGGACAUGAUUUACUCUGUUGGAGGGAGAGACGACACCACAGAGCUGAGCAGUGCUGAGCGGUACAACCCCCGGACCAACCAGUGGUCUCCUGUGGUGGCCAUGACGUCCAGACGGAGCGGGGUGGGCUUGGCUGUGGUGAAUGGUCAGCUGAUGGCAGUUGGAGGCUUUGAUGGGACAACGUAUCUCAAAACUAUAGAAGUGUACGACCCUGAUGCCAACACAUGGAGGUUGUAUGGAGGAAUGAACUACCGUCGGCUAGGUGGAGGGGUGGGCGUCAUUAAAAUGACUCACUGUGAAUCCCACAUAUGGUAACACCACCACCCCCCACCCCCACCCCCCAACACAAACACACACACACACCUCAUCACAUUGCAAUGGAUGCCUCUCUUCACCAACUCUUGUGCCUCCAAAAGAGACGCUUUUAUUCAUGCGAGGAUGAGGACAAAUGUGGGGGGGAAGAUACAGAAAUGAAGAAGGAAAAACUUUGAACUCUAGCUCAUCCCCAGCCCCACUUUGAGGUCAUUAACUACGGAAUACCCUGGUUGUCUUCAUUGAUUGACCACAAAGUGCACUGAGAGCAGAAGUCUACCAAGUACCAUUAAGCUUCUGGUCUGGAGAGGCCAGUCCUCCUCCUGGGUCCUCUCCAAGUUUUCAUCCUCCAAGCCUUUCAGUCCGGGACAUUUGAUUCAGCGUGUGUGACAGAUGAAUCCAACGUGACCAAGGUUUCUGCUGGGGGAGAUCAGCUUAGGUUUCUGAGGUUUAAGAAGUUCAAAAACAUAACUGGAGGGCUUUUUCAGACUUUCCAACUGUGAAAGCCUCUAUCACCUUUCCUUGUCUUGUGCCAGCCCCAAAAAAGUCUGCAUACUGACAGUCUGUCAAAGGUAAAUCCACACUCCCUCAUUCUUUUUCUACUUUGUUUCAGGCUUACAUCUCAGCUGUGGCUGGUACGUCUCUGGGACUCGUGUAGCAUUAAACGGCAGAAAGCUGUCAGGUUUCUGAAGGCAUCUAUACUUUUAGGCUGGAAACCCAGAGAGGAAAAACAUAACUUAAUUCACCAAUAACAGUCACCAGGGGAUGGGUAGCAUUAGAAAAGUGUGUAUGAGGAAGUCCACUCAACAUUUUCACACAAACUCGCUGUUGUUGAAUGGGGUACUGCGGCUGCACUUUCCAGGAGGCCACUGUGGCUCUUUGUUACCAUUGGUGUGAUUGCAGUUCAGAUGUGUCUUUAAAGGAACAUACUAAAUGGCCUGUUGGUCCACUUCAGUGGAAAGAACUUGGUGUCGCUGGUUUAUUGCUCCAGUGCUGGAUCCUGAAGGUCUCAGCAUGCUUCCAACAAACUAGGUCAUCCGACCACGUCUAGAGGCAGAAGAGUUUAUACUAGAGUUGUAUUUACAGAUACAAAAUUUUAAGGCCGAUAUUGAUAAUAUUAAUCUUACAAAUGCAAAAAUGGAAAGAAUAUCAUUAGACUUACCCUUUAAAGCUAAUUGUAGUAAUUUUAAAGUAAUCCUAAAUGCUGUCAGUGUUUGAAAACAGGAGAUUGGAAAAUAAAAUAUAACAUAAAUAUGAGAUACAAGAUUACUUUCCCCUUUUCUAUAAAAAAAAGUGGGAAAUCAAUUGUUGAUGUGUUGGCACUGAACACUAGCGCCAAUGAUCUGCUGUGAAGACAGAUUGUUAGUGUUUGUGUGCAUAAUGCAUUAGGUUAACUUCCUUUACCAAAGUUACACCAAAAGAGAAAUCUGAUUUUAUUAUAUUUUAUUUUUUUCCCCCCCUCCGGCCUCCUGGAAAAGAUGGGCUUAAGCCCAUUAUGCAAGUAAUAAGUUCAGUGUCGUAUUAAACGUUUGAUGGACUGUAAAUAUUUUAUGUGAGAACUGAAGCAAUCUUUCAGCCAUCCAUUGAAGAUGAUGAUGAUCACCUUGGGCUCAUUGGAUUUACCAUAGCCCAGGCCGAUGCUCAAGUUCAGUUUAGAAAUGUUAAUAGAAAUUUUUGGACUCUCAUUAUCCACAUGUUGGAUAGGACAACAUUCUCUAGCCAAAGGAUGUUUCUCAAUUCAGCAGUUUGGGAGCAUAUAAAACCUGAAGAUUUCUAUUUCAUAUUUUCCCUGAUAACAAAAAAAAUCAAGUAUCUGUUUUCUCAAUUAAAUGGAGGAGAGUUAAACCUGGUUUCUGUUGGAUUUCUCUUACAUGUUUUAUACAUAUAGCAUCAAAGUCUGACCUCUGAACCUGCAACAAACUCGGAGAAAGUCUUCAUGACAGUGGACAAUGAUAAUUGCAGUAGCGUAUAUUUAUCCGAUUUUUGUUUUACAAGGAUAGACCACAUUCAUAUAAUUCUUAACUUAAAAGUCCUGCCGUAGUAGUCAGUAACUGAUGUCUUUGUUCUCACAUUCAUGGAGUUUUGACACACAGAUCCUUUUUGUUCUGUAUUCUAAGUUCCCAUGUUUUUAUUUUCCUGUCAUGUUCAGCUCAGUGUAAUAGUAACACCUGCUGGAGGACAGUUAUAGUGCAGCACUGAUAUUGAUAAUGAAAACACCGACCCCUUUUGCAUUUUUCUUCUUGGUUUCUGGUUGUAUAACUGAUCUCAGCUCAGUGUUAACAGGAGUGGAGACACAGUUUGAGUAGAUGGUGGAAUUGGUUCUGAUGAAUUUUCUUUAAAUUAUUGCAAUGUGAGUGGAAAUGUAUUUUAGAUUUCAUUUCUUUUUUUUCUUAAUUACAUAUUAUAUGGGUGCUGAACUUUCCAGAUAUGUAAAACAAUCUAAAAUCAUCAAAGAUCAACUUGGAAAUCCGGCAUUUAAGGCCUCACACUGAGAAUGAUGCCUUUGUGUCACACACAGUUCACUACAGUUCUGCACUUUAAAUUGGGUUAGGGAUUUAAAUUGCGCGUGGAACAAAUGCUUUGCUGUAAUGGCAGCAAGAAAAUGACACAAGGCUGUUGUUAAUGCAUUAUUUCAACCACAUUUUCAUGAGCAAGCAGAUCCUCACCUGAAUAUUGGUGUUAAUGUUUAUGAGUAGGGCAAUUCUGUAUUUUUGUUGGGUUUAGUUUUCUAUCCUAGUGGUGCAUUUCAAGCCGGAGGAUCACCGUUUGUCUGAUCAUGUAGUUGUGCAAAAAAGCUACGUUGAAAUUGAAUGUUUAUGUUUUGGGAUAUUUUUUGCACUCACACAUGCUCACUCACUUGAACUGUUGAAUCUGACCAUUUCAUGCAAUUUUUCUUAAGUGCUGACAUUGGAGAAAAGCUCUGUAACACACCUUGCAUAUUCAUUGUGGCAAAUGCCUAGUUUUCAUUUAAUAGAACCACUUUCAGUUUGUUAAACAAAAAAACGAUGCAGCGUGGCCGACUGUGUAUGCCUGCUUCUUGAAAACUCCCCCAAGAAUAUGUUGCUAUUUUUCACUGCCACAGAAUUACAAGGACACCCCACUCAGUUUAAGAGUCCACACAUGUUAUUGCUUUGGCUCAAGACAACCCCUGUUACUGUUGAAUAGCUUUCCUGUGGUGAACUGUGAUUUUUUUCUCAAGUCAACCUUUCAGGGUUAAAGAAAAACAUCACUAUUUCAUCUUUGUGAAGAUACUUUUUUGAGAUAAACUGAGUUUUUAGAUGGUUUAUCUUUAAAAAGUAGAACAGUUUUCUUAACACACGAAAGCACAGGUAAGCCUUCAAUUUGAAGAUGCAUGGUACGAUGUUUGGGUUCUAUGGCUUUGCUGUGAGAGCUCUUGUUUUAACUGCACUAGCCUUACUUUUCUGACCAACUCUCGCAAUAGAUGUUUGAGUAAACACACAUUGACUGACUGGGCUGUCCUUGACUAGUAAUUCUGUAUUUGAUUUCCCAAACUUGAGUGGAGUUUCCUGAUUUUUAAAUCAUGUAAGCUACUAAUGCAUUGUGAUUGUGAUGAGCAGAAGUCAGCCAGCCUUCAGUCAGAAGUCUGUACUCAGAGUUAUUGUUUUGAGUAGCUUCAACAGAGCACUGUGUUCAACAUGUGACCCAAGCAUUAUUGUGGUGUUUGUUUUCAUGCAUCAAACAGCCAUCUCUUAGCUUUGAUUGCUACAGCAGCUCUGGACUCACCAUGUUCAUUAUGACAAGUAUUAAACGUUUUCCCUGGGGGAAAAAAA